AUGGAUAUUUCCAAAGACAUGUCUUUGUGCCCCUUCCCAAAGCGGGAUCCGGAGUUGGGGGAUAAUGGCAUCCACGGCGAGGCCGAUUAUCCUCAAACCAAGCGGCUCAGGCUUGACGAGCAUCUCGUCAACACGUCCAGCUCCAAUUCGGGCAUGACAACUCCCUGGGGAUCUUUCGGCCCGCAGAAUCAUCAAGAUACUGUACAACAGGAUCAAAUUCGGGGCGGGCUCCCUCUUCCAUAUGCGCAAGUUACCCGCUUUCUAGAAGCGCAAGUACUUCAACCAAAUCUCUUACCUCCUCCUCCACUUCAAGUCUGUGCCCCGCAAUACCGCGACAUCAAUGACCAGGACUUGCCAAGGGCCCAGGAGUAUGAUGCAGGUCAGAUAUGUUUUGGAAUGCUGAAAAACAUCCAAAUCCGUAUUGACUGUGUUGAAGACCCGUCAUCUCUAUGCUUUGAUGAAAUUUCAGAGGAAAAUGAAGAUUUUGCCUUGUUACAUCUCUUCAUACAGGAUGACCGUUGUGAUCUUCUAUCGAAACAAGGAAACUGCGUCGCUACACUGAAUACCAAAACUCACCAUGCACUUAGCUCCAUGAGGCUACCAGAGCCCCCAACCUGGCUAGGUGUAAUACCAAAGUUCGAGCUCCACCAGAGAAUGAAAAUUGUAGUAGAGUCUUCACCCUCCGCUCGGUGGUCGUCGAAGGCUACAUGUACGAUGUCCAUUCUCGUAAUCGGUUCGCCUUCGGUCGCUCAAAUCCUGGCAAGGGAGCUCGCUCGGUACCAUUUAUUCCUGCAACACCCAAACCCAAAGCCUGAAUACCUCGAGUACAAGAAUCCACAGUAUUUGUCCGGUGUGGGAGCGCCGUGUCUUAACCGGCCGAUACUACCGCCCAUUUUGGGGAUCGCUAAGCCAAACGACACAGGCGGCCUCGACACGAUGGACAAUGAGGCCCAAGGCUAUGGCGAUCGCGAAUAUGACGGCGAUGGUUCUGGAGCGGUUCUCUAUAAGCUUCCGCAGCAGGCUUUGAGAAAAGAGGUAGGUGCUGAUAGUCGCAUUCGAACAAAGCUUGAAAGCCACCAGUGGGAAGCGGUCGAUUUCAUUCUAUCUCGAGAAUCAGCCUAUCCCCGAACCAAGUACACACUGUGGCGUCCUGAGAGCCGAAAUUGGAAUGAGCAUGUUUACAGAAAUAAGAUAACUGGCACGACAAGCCCGGAGCCCGUGGACAUUCGUGGCGGGAUUCUUGCGGAUGAUAUGGGCGUAGGAAAGACCCUCAGCAUGAUUGCCAGUAUAGUAGCAUCUUCACCCUAUGAUACAAUAACCUUGGAGAAACAGGCGAACUUGAAGUUAGUUCCCUCGAGAUCUACGCUUGUUGUCGUACCAUCUGUUCUACUGCUCCACGGUUGGAUUGACGAAGUUAAGAAGCAUGUCAUUCCCGGAGUUCUGAAGUAUUACAAAUAUCAUGGCCCAGGGCGUUGCAUCUCAUUGUCAUCGCCCCCUUCAGAAGAUGUCAUUCUCACAACCUAUGCCACUGUUGAAGCUGAUAUCAGUAGCAGCGGCGGAAAUGGUAUUCUCAACAGAGUUUACUGGCAUAGAUUAAUACUCGAUGAAGCUCACGUUAUACGGAAUUCAUCCACGAAACAGUUCAAGGCUAUCGAGAGCCUUUCGGCCUCGAUUCGCUGGUGCAUGACAGGGACACCGAUACAGAAUUCCCUUAAGGACCUCGCGUCGCUCGUUCGGUUCCUCCGCAUCCCGUACUUAGACAGCAUAGGGAGCUUCCUCAAAUACAUGACAAAAACGUCGGCUGGAUCUACCCGUAAUGCCCGUAAUCAACCAAAUUACGCCAAUCUCAAUUGUCUUCUUAUAGCGACCUGCCUGAGACGUACAAUGUCUACGGUUUUUCCGGCUCUUGGGGGCACCUUCUUCACGUAUCGUCCCUCGUUCUCGGAAGCCGAACGCAGAGUCUACGAUGAGCUGGUCAGGGGUUACGAGAGACGGCUGAUGGCCGCAACAAAUAUGUCAUCUUCGAAAGGACGAUCAGAUAAGCUGAUUAUGACAGCUCAAUUGCGGUUACGCAUGUUUUGCAAUACCGGUCUGAGAAGUGUGUUUCUCGGCGGAGGAAGGUCCGAUAAUGAUAUAGACGCUCAGAAACUAUCGUCGGACGAAAUAGUCACGCUACUCCAACAGGAUGGACAGAACACUUGCUCUAUCUGUGGCAUGGAGAUACUGACCUUAGAUCCCGAGGACGAAGACGAAGAUAAGAGCAGAAGUAUUAUGGAGGAUAGAGAGAGUCAAUAUGACCCUGAGGCUCCAAUAACAGCAAACACAACGGCGACAACAACAACAACCCUAACAUCCGAUGAUGAUGAUGAAAUGACAGACAGUGGGCAAACUAUCAGCGCCGAACAGGACUUUCUCGAUCCUGUUGGUUCUCAACGGGCCAGUGUUGCCUAUCCUUCAAAAUUGGCGACUCUACUUACCGAUAUACGAAACCAUUAUUCGGAAGAUAAAAGCAUAGUCUUUUCUUUCUGGAGACAAAGCCUUGAUGUCUUGGGUGAGAUGUUCGACCAAAAUGGUAUCUCUCAUUGCCGAGUCGAUGGUAUCAUGAGCCCGAUGAAACGGAAGACUAUGCUGGAGGAGUUCCAGCACAACUCAGCUGUCCGGGUGCUCUUGAUGACUAUAGGAACGGGCGCUGUAGGAUUGAAUAACUUGUCCGUCGCGAGUCGGGUCCACAUACUGGAACCGCAGUGGAACCCGUCGGUGGAGAGUCAGGCAAUCGGACGGGCACUACGUUGGGGUCAGGGUAAGAAGACAUUUGUCAUUCGCUACGUGAUGGAGGACACGGUUGAGAAGAUCAUUGAGAGUGGUCAAUUACGGAAGUUGCAGCUCUCAUUGGAUGAGCGCGAACUACGGUAA